AUGCCGCUUUUCUGCCCGUCGUCACACCUCUUACCUCCCUAUUCUCUGGGUGGUGUAGCGGAGCGAUCGUUGUUGGAUCGGGAUGGGCGGGUGACUGAUACAACUCAAUUGUUGAUGAGUAAUCCGGUAAUCGAGGCAGGUCGCUGGUCAGUAGAACCAUCAGAAUCGCAGCAGCAACAAAUACUUUCAGAUAAUAGUCAACAUUCCAAUAAAGGUGAGAGCAGUGCAAGUUUUUUGCGAGCAGCGCGUGCUGGAAAUUUAGAUCGUGUACUUGAACUGCUGCGUUCGGGUACUGAUAUAAAUACGUGUAAUGCGAAUGGACUUAAUGCGUUACAUCUGGCCUCCAAAGAAGGUCAUCAUGAAGUGGUUCGCGAACUUUUGAAACGGAAAGCAUAUGUUGAUGCUGCUACUAAGGUUGUGUACAUGAAUCCGUCAUUCCUUUUUUUCUCUUAUUAA